AGCUCAUUGCUUUGGGAGGAAGGCGUGCUCAGGUAAACUUCAGGUGUUCAGGUUUCAGGGUUAGCUCUUGCAGAGGCUUCUGAGAAGAGGCAGAGCUCGCAGCGACAGGAUUCACAGCGCUGACCAGGCAGAUAACUUCUGUCCAGCCAUGCACGCCCUGCAGGUUGCUGUCUUGUGCCUAUUAAUUGCUUUGGAGCCUGUGAACUGCCAAGAAACUGCAAGAAGGCUGCAGCCAUGGAUGCAAGGACUCAUCGCGGUGGCCGUUUUCUUAGUGCUGGUGGCGAUUGCUUUUGUGGUGAAUCGAUACUGGUGUCAGGAGAAAGACGAAAGCAUGGAGUCGGUGGUCACCAUUGGAAACAAGCCGGAGUCCAUCGUAUCCAAUGGGCACGAGGGGAAGUACUCCUCAAACGUGGCCGAUUUCAGAUCCCGAGAAAAUGAGCGUGCCUAUGAAAACGUCAUUGAAUACGACGAGAAAGUCCUCACCACCGCGAUGUAGCAACUGCCUUUGAGGAUCGCUCCAUCAUCACCACCUCCAGCAAACCCUAACUCUCCUCCUCUCGUUGCGAGGAGCUCUCGUCCCUGGAUCCAACCACCCUUCCAGCAGAUGAAGAUCACUCCAAUGAACCAUCCACAUAGCCCCUUUCUCUUUCUCUUCCUUGCGUGAAGCCUCUGCUACACGGGACGACUUGGCAUGGACCUCGUUGGGAGUCCUGCUGCCUGCCAGUGACAGGAAUAGUUGGGCAGCCUCCGGAUGGGACACCAUCCUUGCUGCAACCAGUGCCUGGGUGGGAGGGACAUUAGCUAGCUUUGGCUCCUUCUCUCCUCUUCCCUCCAGGUGCAGCGAGGUGUGGAAGGAGACUUUGCUAAACCUGCUCCCAAGAUAACAGCCAGCACCUCAAGUACAACCCAGAGGGAGAAGUGGCAUGGCUGCCACAUGCCCACCCCUUCACAACUAGAAGCAAAGACCAGUCAGUUUUGCAAUUACGGUCUGGUUCCUGUGGCAUACACUCUGGAGGUUUCUACCCAGCCCCAGGUGUAUGAACCCACCCCAGCCUUGCUUCCCCCCUGCCAUCCCUUGUUAUCAUCUGUGGCUGGGCUAAUUGGCUAUCCAUAGAAAGACUAUCUCGAUAUCUGAACCAAAUGAGCAAAUGGUGUCUUUUCCAUACACAUUUAUUCCCCACCCUUGGAGCUAGUUAUUUAUUGAUUGAAAGAUCUGUGCAUCCUCUUGUUGGCAAUCGUGUCAUUUCUCUCUGCUGGUCAACAACAAAAAUAGCCAAGUGAUUGAAUCUGCUCCUUUGUACAUAUUUUUUCCUUGUGAGCAAUAAAGAGAAUUAUUCUUAAA